AACUUCCUUAUUUCUACCUCUAUUAUAUGAAUAUUUGAAAUAUAAAUUUCGGGUGAAUUUAACAAUCGCGCAUUAACAAUAUUUUGUUAUUUUUUUAUCGAAACUGAAAUACUUACAUAGAAGUAAUCCUGAUGUGUUAUACCCGUUAGGAUCCAACGUAGAUUCGAGGAGAAAGGUAAGUUCGGGAGCGUUGGAACAGUAUUAAAUGAGAAGAGAGAGAUAUCUUAUAUGACUCGUGCAUUCAGAUGGUCACACCGAUGAUUUUGUACUGAAACUUAUUAUAAUGGCGAUAUAUAAGAAUUUUAUCGAGUCGUUAUUAAUUAAUAAGUAAUUAAUUAAUUCACUUUAUAAACAAAUAGGGAUGACCAUGUUUGUUCACUUUUCCAGGCACCUCGCAGUAGCCUCGGCCCACGUGUUACUGACAUGGACAUUCCUAAAUCGCACAUUCGAACAGAAGUCACAACCUCAAUAAUUUCUAACUUAGGUGAAAGAGAAUUGAUUCCUCAUACAGAAGUGAAGAACGCUAGAAUACAAAACACUAAAACAAUUGUUAUGGCAGAAACAACAAAUUCGCAGCAACAAAGCAAUGCGGAAAAAACUACGGAUGAAUCAUCACAAAGCCUUGUACAAAAUCAGAGUGUACCGGAUAUGGAUACAGAGAUAUCUUCGCGGGCUUGUAAUUGCGAAACAGGAUGCUCUACCCAGCACUGUAGCUGCGUAAAAGAUAAGAUUAAGUGUGGACAACGGUGCAAAUGCAAAGAAUACGGAUGUGAAAAUCAGGUAGAAACAACAAAUUCACAGCAACAAAGCAGUGCGCUGAAAACUACGGAUGAAUCAUCACAAAGCCUUGUACAAAAUCAGAGUGUACCGGAUAUGGAUACAGAGAUAUCUUCGCAGGCUUGUAAUUGCGAAACAGGAUGCUCUACCCAGCACUGUAACUGCGUAAAAGAUAAGAUUAAGUGUGGACAACGGUGCAAAUGCAUCAAGUACGGAUGUAAAAAUCAGAGAGAAACAGCAGAUUCGCAGAAACAAAGCAGUGUAGCACAAAUUGAGGAUGAAUCGUCAGAAAGCGAUUCAGAAAAUCAGAGUGCCGCGCAUUUAGAAGCAGAGAAAUCUGGGCAUGCUUGUAAAUGCAAAGCGGGAUGUUCUAAUAAGGUCUGUGGCUGCGUCAAAGCUAAGAUUAAGUGUGGACAACGGUGCAGAUGCAUCAAAUACGGAUGUAAAAAUCAGAGAGAAACAGCAGAUUCGCAGAAACAAAGCAGUGUACCACAAAUUGUGGAUGAAUCGUCAGAAAGCGAUUCAGAAAAUCAGAGUGCCGCGCAUUUAGAAGCAGAGAAAUCUGGGCAUGCUUGUAAAUGCAAAGCGGGAUGUUCUAAUAAGGUCUGUGGCUGCGUCAAAGCUAAGAUUAAGUGUGGACAACGGUGCAGAUGCAUCAAAUACGGAUGUAAAAAUCAGAGAGAAACAGCAGAUUCGCAGAAACAAAGCAGUGUAGCACAAAUUGAGGAUGAAUCGUCAGAAAGCGAUUCAGAAAAUCAGAGUGCCGCGCAUUUAGAAGCAGAGAAAUCUGGGCAUGCUUGUAAAUGCAAAGCGGGAUGUUCUAAUAAGGACUGUGGCUGCGUCAAAGCUAAGAUUAAGUGUGGACAACGGUGCAGAUGCAUCAAAUACGGAUGUAAAAAUCAGAGAGAAACAGCAGAUUCGCAGAAACAAAGCAGUGUAGCACAAAUUGAGGAUGAAUCGUCAGAAAGCGAUUCAGAAAAUCAGAGUGCCGCGCAUUUAGAAGCAGAGAAAUCUGGGCAUGCUUGUAAAUGCAAAGCGGGAUGUUCUAAUAAGGUCUGUGGCUGCGUCAAAGCUAAGAUUAAGUGUGGACAACGGUGCAGAUGCAUCAAAUACGGAUGUAAAAAUCAGAGAGAAACAGCAGAUUCGCAGAAACAAAGCAGUGUAGCACAAAUUGAGGAUGAAUCGUCAGAAAGCGAUUCAGAAAAUCAGAGUGCCGCGCAUUUAGAAGCAGAGAAAUCUGGGCAUGCUUGUAAAUGCAAAGCGGGAUGUUCUAAUAAGGUCUGUGGCUGCGUCAAAGCUAAGAUUAAGUGUGGACAACGGUGCAAAUGCAUCAAGUACGGAUGUAAAAAUCAGAGAGAAACAGCAGAUUCGCAGAAACAAAGCAGUGUAGCACAAAUUGAGGAUGAAUCGUCAGAAAGCGAUUCAGAAAAUCAGAGUGCCGCGCAUUUAGAAGCAGAGAAAUCUGGGCAUGCUUGUAAAUGCAAAGCGGGAUGUUCUAAUAAGGUCUGUGGCUGCGUCAAAGCUAAGAUUAAGUGUGGACAACGGUGCAAAUGCAUCAAGUACGGAUGUAAAAAUCAGAGAGAAACAGCAGAUUCGCAGAAACAAAGCAGUGUAGCACAAAUUGAGGAUGAAUCGUCAGAAAGCGAUUCAGAAAAUCAGAGUGCCGCGCAUUUAGAAGCAGAGAAAUCUGGGCAUGCUUGUAAAUGCAAAGCGGGAUGUUCUAAUAAGGUCUGUGGCUGCGUCAAAGCUAAGAUUAAGUGUGGACAACGGUGCAAAUGCAUCAAGUACGAAUGUAAAAAUCAGAGAGAAACAGCAGAUUCGCAGAAACAAAGCAGUGUAGCACAAAUUGAGGAUGAAUCGUCAGAAAGCGAUUCAGAAAAUCAGAGUGCCGCGCAUUUAGAAGCAGAGAAAUCUGGGCAUGCUUGUAAAUGCAAAGCGGGAUGUUCUAAUAAGGACUGUGGCUGCGUCAAAGCUAAGAUUAAGUGUGGACAACGGUGCAGAUGCAUCAAAUACGGAUGUAAAAAUCAGGAAGAAACUGCAGAUUCGCAGAAACAAAGUAGUGUAGCACAAAUUGUGAAUGAAUCGUCAGAAAGCGAUUCAGAAAAUCAGAGUGCCGCGCAUUUAGAAGCAGAGAAAUCUGGACAUGCUUGUAAAUGCAAAGCGGGAUGUUCUAAUAAGGUCUGUGGCUGCGUCAAAGCUAAGAUUAAGUGUGGACAACGGUGCAAAUGCAUCAAGUACGGAUGUAAAAAUCAGAGAGAAACAGCAGAUUCGCAGAAACAAAGCAGUGUAGCACAAAUUGUGGAUGAAUCGUCAGAAAGCGAUUCAGAAAAUCAGAGUGCCGCGCAUUUAGAAGCAGAGAAAUCUGGGCAUGCUUGUAAAUGCAAAGCGGGAUGUUCUAAUAAGGACUGUGGCUGCGUCAAAGCUAAGAUUAAGUGUGGACAACGGUGCAGAUGCAUCAAAUACGGAUGUAAAAAUCAGAGAGAAACAGCAGAUUCGCAGAAACAAAGCAGUGUACCACAAAUUGUGGAUGAAUCGUCAGAAAGCGAUUCAGAAAAUCAGAGUGCCGCGCAUUUAGAAGCAGGGAAAUCUGGGCAUGCUUGUAAAUGCAAAGCGGGAUGUUCUAAUAAGUACUGUAGCUGCUUAAAAGAUAAGAUUAAAUGUGGCCAACGGUGCAAAUGCAAAGAAUACGGAUGUGAAAAUCAGGUAGAAACAACAAAUUCACAGCAACAAAGCAGUGCGGUUAAAACUACGGAUGAAUCAUCACAAAGCCUUGUACAAAAUCAGAGUGUACCGGAUAUGGAUACAGAGAAAUCUUCGCGUGCGUGUAAAUGCAAAGCGGGAUGUUCUAAUAAGGUCUGUGGUUGCGUCAAAGUUAGGAUUAAGUAUGGACAACGGUGCAAAUGCGUCUAAUACGGAUGUAAAAAUCAGAAGAAACAGCAGAUGUAGAGGACAGUUCGCAUGUACUUAUUACAGUUGUGCUAAUUAGGUAAAUAAUUUUCGUUUCGCAUGUUGAGGAUUAUUUUCUAUCGCUAUUGCAAUUAAAUCUGGGUACAUUCAAUGGUGGAUGGUCGAUAAAAGCCAAAUUGGCAUCACUUUAAGUACUUAUAAUUGUAAUUGGGCAUCAUUGUAUCAGUCGUAAGAUAUGAAAAAUACUUUUACCUAUGGCAAAUGUGACGUGAAGUUGUGGUCAAUGAUAUUGAGAUGAAAUUGGCGGGAGUUAAUAAAUAUUGGCUUCCCUGUCCCUCCUCCUUACGAAAUAACGUUUCAAGGUUUGUAAUUCGUGGACUCAUUUGAAAGUUAAGCUCAUUUGAAGUGGAAAAAUCCUAUUUCGCUUUUCGGGCCACUAGCAUUGUUUCUAACUGAUUCUAAUCCUGGACAUUCUGAUAUUCUCCCACUGCUUUGUAUAUUUCACUUUAUAAAGAACUGUGUAAAUAAUGCUAUCAUAAUGAAUAGCAAUAAGAAGUUCUACUAAAAAACAUUACCUACACAAUAACAAUUCUGUCGCUGUUGUUUUCGUAUGCUUUAUGUUACAAGAGUGGCAAUGGAAAGUUAACUUAUAUAAGUUAAUAAUUAUAUUUAUUUAUACAUUAUAUUCAUAAUUACUUGUUAUUAAUAUUAUAAAGAUGUUACAUCCACUUGGAUGUCUCAAAAAAUACUAUUCCUUCAGCUUUCAAUCGAUUAAGUAUUGGUCGAUAAAUAUCUGGGGUAAACGGAAAGACUACUCCUCGUUGUUGAAUUUCACCUAUUAACGAAAAAGAAAAAUAAUGUACUUUGAAAUUAUUAUUAAAUUAUAUGUUAAAAUUUGUUCAGAAGGAUGACAUGGAAUGAAAGUAUAAGAAAUAUACAUAUGCGUGGAUAUAUAAAAUUGUAAUGAUAUGUAUUACGUUCUGUGUAAACAUAAUUUUGAACGCCUUUAUGUUAAAAGGAAUAACAAAUGUCAAUCGUAAUUCUUAUUAUUCGAUAUGUAAUACUGAACGAAGAAACAUUUUUUAGAAUAAACGGGAAAAAGAAGAACUA